CCCAAUUCAUACCCACUUUCACAUCAAUGUGAUUCCACGUAUGUAAUUUUCUAAUUAUUCUUAUUCAAUGCACUAAAACACACACAUAAAUUAGCUACUAAUUUUCCCUUCAACUCGUAACUACAAUCAGUCGGAUUCCUUAACACAUGGAUCAUGAGGUUUCUUGCGUUACAAGCUUAAAUCUGAGCUUAGCCGGCGAUCAUGGUUUUCCAACAAACCAUCUUAUUUAUCUUCACGCUGAAGAGCAAGAGCAAGAACAACUAGAAAGGAAAUCUAUUCUUAAAUGGGAUCCGUGCGUCCCUUCUUUGAAAUUAGGUUUAGGUAGAGAUCAAGAAAGUCAUCCAGAUCCAAUCAACUGGAUACCACAAGCUUCAAACUCGACUGUCAAUACAAUUUCUUCAUUCUCAAAAUCGACAAGUAUCAAGAGGGAGAGAGACGGAGGUAGUCAAGAGGUGGAGAAAGUGUUGUCGAAAGCUGUUAUAGAAAUCGACCAAGAUGAAUCCGAAGGACGUGGUGCAAGGAAGAAACUGAGAUUGACAAAUGAACAAACGUUAGUGUUGGAAGAAAGCUUCAAACAACAUAACACCCUUAAUCGUAAGCAAAAGCAAGCCCUAGCAACAAGUCUUGUUCUACAGCCACGACAAGUUGAGGUAUGGUUCCAGAAUAGACGAGCGAGGACGAAACUAAAGCAAAAUGAAGUAGACUGUACACUACUUAAGAAGUGUUGUGAAGCAAUAAAAAGUGACAACAAAAGACUAGAAAAGGAAAUUCAAGAACUCAAAGCAAUAAGAACCACCAUCUCCAUGCCUCCGCAAUUCAACAUACAGUUUCCGGCAGCAAGCCACAGCAUGUGCCUUUCUUGUGAGAGAAUUGUCUCUCGUUGUGUUAGUGGCGGUGGCGGGCGGCGGUGACCAGGCGAAAUUUUCUAAAACUCCCAUCUGCCGUGCACCAAUGUCACACAUGACACAUCAUCUUUUUAGUCAGUUAUGCUAGGUAUUAUAAUAUAAACAAUGUCAAUUUUGUAAAUUACUAUUAUAAUUAAUUAAAUUGUUUUCUAGUAAGUAAUGUAAUUCUUUAGAGUAAAUUAAAAUUUGGGCACGUCAUGUGCGGUAGUUGACAUCAAAGGCUUUCAAAAUCACCGUAUCACCUAUAUUGACUAUUGUCUAUUUCCAAGAUUACUUAAUCUAUACCGAGCCACUUACUAUUUACUAAUCCAAAAAAUAGGCUUCGA